CGGCCGCCCAGGACACGGUGCGGGAGGUUGGCGCUUCUGUGGACACACCCGUGAGGGCCAGCCUCUGGGCCUGUCUCCCCACCUUCUGCUGGCCCCUGGGCAGUGGUCCCACCCCCUGCGGUGCUCUGGGGCCUCCUGGGGCCUCCUGGGGCGUGGGCCUGCGGCCUUCCUGUCCUGGGAGCGUGCCUCCUCACCCGCCAUGAGUCUGGACGUGCACUGCCAGCAGCUGAGUGCCGCGCAGUGGGCAGAGCUGGUCCCUCAGCUCCAGCAGCACCAGGCGGUCAGGCUGGAAGACUGUGGCCUCACCGAGGCCCACUGCCAGGACAUCAGUGCCGCCCUUCGGGCCAACCCCUCCCUGGCUGAGCUCAGCCUUCGCUACAAUGAGCUGGGGGACGCCGGCGUGCGCCAGCUGCUCCUGGCACUGCAGAGUCCCACCUGCAUGGUCCAGAAGCUCAACCUGCAGAGCUGCUCCCUGACGGAGGCCAGCUGCAGGGUCCUGCCCGCGGCCCUGCGCUCCAUGCCCAGCCUGCGGAAGUUGGACCUCAGCGACAACAAGCUGGGGGACGCGGGCCUGCAGCUGCUCUGCGAGGGGUUCCUGGACCCUCAGUGCCGCCUGGAGAAGCUGCACUUGCAGUGCUGUGACCUGACGGCCGCCAGCUGCGAGCGCCUGGUCUCGGCGAUGGGGACCAAGCCUGGCUUCCGGGAGCUGGUGCUGACCCACAACCAGAUCGGCGAGGCAGGGGCCCGGGCGCUGUGCCGUGGCCUGGCCGCCGCCCCCUGCCAGCUCGAGUUGCUCAAUCUGGAGAGCUGUGGCCUGACCUCAAGCAACUGUGAGGACGUGGGUGCCCUUGUGGACUCCAAAGCCUCCUUGUGCCACCUGGACCUGAGCAACAACCCGCUGGGCGACGCGGGCAUCGCGCAGCUGUGCUCGGCGCUGCUGGGCCCCAGCUCCCAGAUCAAGACCUUGUGGCUCUGGGAGUGCGACCUCACGGCCGAGGGCUGCAGGGAGGUCUGCCGUGUGCUCAGGGCCAAGAAGAGCCUGAAGGAGCUCAGCCUGGCGGACAAUGCGCUGGGGGAUGAGGGUGUGCGGCUGCUGUGUGAGAGCCUGCUGGACCCCGGCUGCCAGCUCGAGUCCCUGUGGGUAAAGACCUGUGGCCUCACGGCCGCCUCCUGCCAGCACCUGAGCUCGAUGCUGACCAAGAACCAGCACCUCCGGGAGCUGCAGCUGAGCCGAAACCCGCUGGGCAACGCCGGCGUCCAGCUGCUCUGCCAGGGCCUGAGCCAGCCGGACACCAAGCUGCAGACCCUCUGGCUGUCGGACUGCGAGGUGACGGACAGCAGCUGCGGCAGCUUUGCCUCCCUCCUGCUGGCCAACCGCAGCCUGCGUGAGCUGGACCUCAGCAACAACGGCCUGGGGGACCCGGGCGUCCUGCAGCUGCUGGGCAGCCUGGAGCAGCCCGAGUGCAGCCUGACCCAGAUGGUCCUGUACGACAUCUACUGGACGGAGGCCGUAGAGGACCGCCUGCAAGCCCUGGAGGAGAGCAAGCCAGGCCUGAAGAUCAUCUACUGACGCGCGCCCUGCCCCACCCCCCACGCAUUCUCUGGGUGUCCUGGUUCUGAAGGGAAACACUCACAGCCCAACUGCGGAAAUUCACUUUUAUAUCAUUAAAGCACUUUCUGACAGGAAGGGCCCCUCCUUCAUCUGAGGUACCAGCUUGGAAGGGCACCCCAAGAGCUGCUGGGAACCCACAGCUGCAGGCCCCACCUGCAGAGGCUGGCUCCCUCGGGGUGGGAGUGGGGUCCACCUGGCUCUGCAGCCCAGGGCCACCAUGUGACACUGCCGGGGGCAGCACCCAGAGCCCUCUGGGCAGAGACCAGGGCGCACCCAAGGGCGACGGCGCCACCUCUCAGCAGGGCACCAUCUCCCCACUCAGGGUGGAGGGUAGUUGAGAGUGAUCGGGACCUUCAAAGGGCCUGGGCAGAGCCCCAGUCUGUGCCAUGAGCCCUCGUGUCCCUGCUGUGCUUCCUAAUGCAGCUCCUGGACGCAGGAAGGAAGGUGCCAGAGCACGUGUGUGCGCAGGAGGAAUGUGGGGCAGGGGCGAGUAUGUGUCAGGGGGCAUGUGGCGGUGUUGGGUGCUCUGGUCUUUUCUGGAAACCUCUUCAAAGGAGGAGGCAACAAGGGAAACAAGGCUCUUCUGAGGCCAGGAGCCCCGGCUGUGGGGGCAGGGACCUCAGCCGGGUGGCGGGGUCUGGAAAUCCGGGCACUUGUGUGUCUGGAGCUGGUCCUGGGCAGGAUGGGCAUCUCCCCCAGCCUGUCCCCUCCGUAGGCAGGCCCCCAAGUGGCUGCCUGCCUGUGGCUGCCCCUGGGGUGGGGGAGGCGAGGGAGCCUCAAAGUGGGGGUGUGCCUUCUCCUGGCUGUACUCGUUCCUCUGGCUCCUGGAGGAGACCCCCACACGGGCUGGAGACCCCCAAAGCCCUCCUGACCUCAGGCACUGGCAGCGGCCUCUCAACCUGCGUGGGCUGCUCUGGGGUGGUAGGGUGACUGGUAGCCCAAGGAGUGGAGAAGGGGGUGCCUUUGAGGGGUGCUCAGCGUGGACCUGGUCUUGGGGAAGCCGACCCUGCUAGUGGGCAGCUCAGAUGCAUGUGCCGGGUGCCCCUGACGGAGGUGGCCGGUCGCUGGGGACAACACCCUGUGGCCCAGCUGGAGUCGCGAAGGGUGGAGGUGACACGGCCCGGGGUUCCUGGCGGGCCGCUGGCUGAAGGUCACAGGUCACUUGGGUGCUGGCGACCCCUCCCUCGCCGGCGCUGGCC